AUCAGAGUGUACUUCCCUUUGAGUGUGAGCUUGGUAUUCAGUUCUCUCUUUCAUCAGUCCUUUCUUGAUUAUCCCACUGAUAUCUUGGGCUAGGUGUCGAUGGAAAAGCAUGUUAUCCUAAUAUAAAGCUGCAUGUAAGAAUAUUUAGUAAACUAAAUGUUGGAAUGUUAUUAAAAAAAGAAAAAUCUCUUGCUUCUAACAAUUUUUUACAUUAAGGUAAACGGUGUAACAACUUUGGAAUUGUUUUUUUUUUCAGUUUAGCUUUCCUAACACUACAUUAUCUUGAUCAACAAUAAGAACAUUAACAGCUGAUUAUUUAAGCUGCUGUUGUGUCUGGCUUUCAGAUGACAACAAAUAAAGUUGAGAUCAGGAAUCCUGUUGUGGAACAAGGAUGUGGCAGCUACCUAUUUCUGAUGAUCAGAACUGUGUUCCAGAGGAGGGCCCUAUAAUCAUCAGGCAGAAGCUGGAUGACCUCCAUGCCAGAUGUGAACAGGAUCAUGACAAGCGAUUGUCCAGUAUGAAAGACAAACUGAGUGACUUUGAGAGUGCCCUGAAUGGUUUAGAAGUUUGGCUCCUUCCUAAGAUUUCUCGGGUGGAAUCCAUGGAAUUCAUGACCCAGGAUUUAAUUCAGAUUAGUGAUGCCGAAAUACAGCACUGUCGGCAAGAGAUUGACGAUCACUCCUGUGAAUACAACAUGAUCCACAACAUGCUGAAGAGCUCCUGAAACAUCCCGAAGCAAUGGACAUUGCCAAAGUCAAGACUAUGCUCAAGAACUGUGAACUCAACUGGGAAACACUAAAAAAUACUCUUA